UUUCCACUAAGUGCUAAUUAGGGAGGUAGCCUUGAAGAAUAAGCUUGCCAUUUAUAUAAAAGGAGCCACUGCACUGAUACACAGCUGAAAAUCCUGUUUUGGACUGAACUCCCAGCAGGUGUGGAGUUGCAAGAGCUCUGGAAUAGAUGUUGGUGCUAAACUGUUCUACCAAAUUACUGAUACUGGAGAAAAUGUUGAAGAGUUGCUUUCCGGAAUCACUUAAGGUUUAUGGAGCAGUGAUGAACAUAAAUCGUGGGAAUCCCUUUCAGAAAGAAGUGGUGUUGGAUUCAUGGCCGGAUUUCAAAGCUGUUAUCACCCGACGACAAAGAGAGGCUGAGGUGGAUAACCUUGAUCAUUAUACUAAUGCCUAUGCUGUGUUCUACAAGGAUGUCAGAGCUUAUCGACAGCUAUUGGAAGAAUGUGAUGUUUUUAACUGGGACCAAGUUUUUCAAAUACAAGGGCUGCAGAGUGAGUUAUAUGAUGUUUCCAAAGCGGUUGCCAAAUCAAAGCAGUUGAAUGUAAAGCUAACUUCUUUCAAGGCUGUUUGUUUUCCUCCUGUUCCAACUCUGCCAGAUGCCAGUUUCCUGAAGGGGCCUUCCCUACGACUAACCUACUUGAGUGUUGCUGAUGCGGAUCUUCUCAACCAGACUUGGUCGCGGGGUGGCAAUGAGCAAUGUCUCCGGUACAUCGCCAACCUCAUCACCUGCUUCCCUAAUGUAUGUGUCCGGGAUGAGAAGGGAAACCCCAUCUCUUGGUGCAUCACAGACCAGUUUGCCACCAUGUGCCAUGGCUACACCCUGCCAGAACAUCACAGGAAAGGUUACAGCCGGCUGGUGGUCUUCACGCUGGCUAGGAAGUUGCAAAGCCGGGGAUUCCCCUCUCAGGGGAACGUCCGGGAUGACAACACAGCAUCUGUAAGCCUCCUGAAAAGUAUCCAUGCUGAGUUCUUGCCUUGCCGCUUUCACAGGCUUAUUCUCACCCCUGCCACUCUCUCUGGCCAGCCUCACCUCUAGCCCAGUGAAAAACUGCAGUGGUUUUCUUACUUUCCCUGAGCAUACACACUCUCAGCUGCCGAUGAGGGGAGAGUUAAAAUGGGAAUCGGGAUACUCUUGGGUUGUUGGAAAGUAUCUGGCUAAUUCAUACAGGAUCCACUUGAGAAGCCUGAAUUCUUUGCAUCUCAGGUUUCUCCAGUAAACAGCUGCGGGGGUGAAGAGUAGCUGUGGCUGAGGACAGGAUGAUUGGCUGCACUGUAUGAGAAUAGGUUCUAAAGCCAGCAGUUUUAGUGCGCUGGGAGAAAUGACUGAAUGAGAACAAAUGAUUUAACCCAGGACUAUGGGGCUACUGCUUUAUGUUUGCUGCUGGGACCUCUGUAUUCUGAGAGCCACAUCGCUUCCCUACUGCCAUCACUUUUCCCUGUUCCCACUGCUGUGUCUCACCAACCUCUGUUCCUAACACCUCUGCCGCCAAGUUCUCUGUAGAGUAACCUGCUUUUUCCCUUCGAAUUACUUGCUCUUUACUUCUGCCUAGAACUCUAGCUUAAUAGUUCCCUGCCCUGGGAAUGUUCAAAUGCAGUGGUUCUUAGUUUUAGUGUUUAUCAGAAUCACCUGGAGGGCACGUUGCAACAGGCACCCCUAGGCCUCUCCUGCUAUGAGAUAGGGUCCAAAAAUUUGCAUUUCUAACAGCUUCCUGCUGCUUAUUUGCCUUGGAUGAAUGACAAUAUGGGCAUUUUGAUACUAUAAACAAAUGCUGUAAGCGUAGAACUAGACCUUACCUGUAAUCUAUUUCAGUCCCUUAUUUUUAUAACCUAUUUCCCAUAUAAAACUAAGAUUCAUACCUAGGGGUGUGUGGGGUAUACAAAUGAAUAUAUAACAUAUAUGCAUAUACAUAUAUAUACAUUCAAUUCAUAUCUUCUAUAUGUAUAUGUAUAUGUAUAUACUCAUAGAAUUUUGAUAAGUUAAUAAACUUUAACUCUCUGAUUACAUAUGAAAAAUUUGAGGACCAGAGAAAAGAAAUAACUUUGUCAAGAUUAUAUUCUUUAUAAUCCGUACUGGAGGCAAAGCCAGAAUGCUGUACUUUUAAUUCCAAUCUGUUCUUUUCACUAAAUCGUGUAUCUUUUUUAUAAAGAAAAUUAUAAUGCUUAAAUAAUUAAAAUAUUAAUUU